CUUUUUAUGCCCAACUGCCACCGUCUAGUGUUUUUCCUCGCUAAUAAACAAUUAAAUAGUCAUAUCCUCCAAUUUAAAAUUUUCAUGAGACACAAACUUACAAACUUUUGUAAUCUGUGAUUUGAAAGUACCCGUGUGCUGUUUUCAGCUGUUUUCCUUCUGCUCCGGACUGGUUUCACAUUAGCUUCAGUUCAUCAGUUACGGUUUGUUAACUUUCGGAUUUGUUUACUUGUAUGGCCCAUGUUUAUGCAAGCAGCGAUUUAAUAGCAGUUUUAAUACUAGUCGUAUUUUAAUGGGCAAUGUAAGACUUGGUUUUGUUUAUCUGUAUAUAGUUUGGAUAAUGAAAGAAGAGCUGUACGUAUUAGAUAGUUUAGUUGUCUCAAUCGCAGAUUCUGCGAAUGUAAUUGCUGCGAACAAUGUUGUUGUUUAUGCUGAGACGGUUUGCAUCUUGCUUGGUGGAUAUGUUUUUGUAUGCCAAAUUGUCAAGUGGACUUUUCAAUCCCGAGGAUAUUGGAGACUGAGGUUGAUAAGAUCUGUGUCACAGUCGCACAUCAAUCUAACGAGUGCAAUAGAAGAUCACCUAGAUUCAAUUUGCCAAUUGCUAUUUAUUUCUGCGAUGGACGUGAUCUUAUUUGAUUCUCAAGGGUUUUGGGAUUACCUCAGGCAUGAAUGUUCGUAGGAGAGAAGUACAGAUCGUAACUCGGAUUCAGUUUACAUUUUGCAGACUGUUUUAGAGUCAGUUGCAAAAACCAAGAAGAGAAUUUUGGACCAGGCAGUCUGACUUUUCAUGCAUGCAGAUUUAAAUCUGACACCACCACAAAACUGGGCUUCUUGUUGGUGUCAUCCUCAGUCUGGAAAUACAGUUGGAAGGAAGUGCAUGAUAUGCACACAAGUUUAUAGGAUUACACUGUUAUUAUAGUCACUUCUUCUUUCUUUUUGAAAGGAAAACGAGCCUCUAAUCUUUAUUAUCUGAUCCCGACAGAUUAUUUGGGCUAGUUUAACAUGUUUUAUAAAGUUUAAUUGGGGGAAAAUAUCUUGUUGGUUGUUUGACCAAUGGAGAACUGGCUGGAGAAAAUGGAGUCAUCAAGUGGGGACGAGGAGGACGAAGAUAGCUUUGAAACUUUGAUAGAAAAAUUGCGAAGUUCUAGAAAGAAAGAAGCGAGGGUUUCCGAAGAAAAGAUGACCAUGCUGGAAACCCUGUUGAGACAACAAAAGACCGAACUAGAAGACCUCAGGAAAGCAGUUCGGGUCAUGAAAGCACAAGAGUUUCAGAGGAAGGCAAAAUACGAGGAGACCUCUUCAGCCCCCUCGUUGACUUCUUCUGAGAGCGAAGAGAGCGAAAGUGACUUUGACGAUGAUGAAGGAAUUGACACUGCCCCUCACACUUCCUACUCCUACUCGGAGCCCAGCCAUCCUUUGCUAAUUGACACGAUACUGGAAAACAUAAUCAGACAAUUAUCUCUUAAAUCUCUACUCACUGCUCGUUUGGUGUGCAGAAAAUGGACCAAGUUUGUGCAACCAUUUCUAGUCGCAAAAUCAGAUCGAGUAAUCCUUGAGGUUCAUCAGCCCUGGAAAGUUAUAAACUCUGGGAGAUCAUCCGGUGGUCACAAACUAAGCAAAUUCCUUCAAGUCAUGCGCGGAGGCAUAGACUCUUGUCCCAUCAGCAAGUUCGUAUUGCGACACUUUGACAGUUUUAUAGAGCUGGAGCCAUUUUUCCUCAAGUUUGGUCCAAUCAUCAAAUCCCUUGAUCUCAAUUUUCCCAAGAUGUUUAAUGAAAAUGGAGCAUUUCGUAGAAUGCUCUUUGAUUACGCAACAUACAUCGAGAAUCUACGAAUCGAAUGCUGUAAAAUCAUGGAGCUUUCGCAUUUCUGGGAGUAUAGUAACCUUGAGCCAGGAUCAUUGAAACUUAAUUGUCUCAAAACUUUGUACAUUGGAAAUAUCCGGGGUUCCAUCCAACUCAACAAAAACUGGAUAAAGGAUUUUUUGAGAAUGAGUCCAAACCUCAGGAAGAUCAUAUUACAAGUCCACUUCAAAGAUAACGGACACAUUUUCGUUCAAACGGUUCUGGAAUCAAUGUUGGAAGUUUCAAAUUUGGAAAGAAUAAAAUUUCUCUUCAUCUCCUCACUGAGUCAGGAAAAUCUUCAAAUUUUGGUCAAAUUGGCAGAAAAAGGACUGCAACUCAAAACGUUCAAGUUUCAAGAUAUUUGUCUGCACCACGUGGCUCACGGGGUUGAAGAGUCCAUCUCUCCAGAAGCGAUGAGCAAUUUUCUGCAAACUCAGUCAGAGUGUUUAGAAGGGCUCAAGAUUGAACAACGUUCUAAUCGUGUGAGGGGGUUUUUAUUUCCCAGAAUGACAGAACUGAAGCACCUCCAUUUCAUUAGUUUUGAUAACCUCAACUGUGGGAAUUUGAAUUACGGCUAUUUAUUCCCUAAAUUGGAGAGCUUGAUAUUGCGAGGAUACAAUGUCUUCCCCAAGUUGCAGUACUUUUCUCCAACCGUAAACACUUUUCCGGCCGGGGUCCACGUGCGAAAAUUGUCCCUCCCCUCGGGAAUUAGAGAGCCUAGCUUUCCCCCUUUUUUGGCCAAAAUGUUCCCAAGUGUGUGCGAGUUGGAGCUACGUGGAGCAUCUAAUGAGUUUCUGCAAAGUAUAUGGGAAAGUUGGCCACGACUAAAGAAGCUAAAAAUGGUGCUCUCACAUUUUGAUGGGUGCUUAGACUCGGGACUUACUGGAGUUUCAGAACAAGACUGCUUCCGAAUUCGCAAUGAGCAAAAUUUUCAGCAAGUGCGGAUUGACGAUGUAAAAGUUGCAUCGUCCAUUGUAGAUUUAAAAGACUUAAGGGACCUUCAAAUUGAGUGCAGAUCUAUUUGGGUGCCUUGUCAUAUCAUCACGGAUAUUUCGGGCUAUUUAGCCUUCGCUGGGAUGAGUCAGCUCAGGUCGUUGAAAAUCACCGAGAUUGGGGUUCCAGAGCACUUUGACUUAUCCGAAAAUUGCAUAAAGUAUAUACAUGAAAACCUAUGUGAUGCUGAGAUAGUACUCCAAAUAAUGGAUGACCACGGUCGUUGGCGAUUGGAACUGGAGGAGGAAGAGGCGGCAGUCAAUAUGUACGAAACUGAACCACUUCUUGAAGACCAUAACAAGGACAAAAUCUACCAGUUUGAGAAAAAUGUCGAUUAAAUUGUAUAAUAGCUGCCAGCGGUCGAGCAGUACUGAAUAUCUUGUAAUGUAAUCAAGCGCUACGUUGUUAGAAUUAAUGCCGUUGAUUUGUUUGUAUCCAGUGCCCAUGUAUAUUUUACAAAGUAUAUAUAGCAUAAUUUUUCACACAUAUGA